AUGUCUUCCGACCACGACGACGAAGUGGAAUCCGUCGUGCCAAGCGAGCCGAGCGAAUAUGAGACCGAAUGGGAUAGCCAACCUGAUCCUCACUUGGAUUCUAAUUACGACUCCGAUACUGACUCUGAAUGGGAUCUUGAUCCUAUGGCCUGGCAAUUGACGAUGUCAGGCCCCAGCUGCGGUCUGUGCAGAUUCGAAUUCGCGAUCGGCGAAGAACUUGUUGUUUGUACGUAUAUUCCCCACUGGACCAAGGCAUUAUUGACUCCCGUCUUCAUAGACAAUCCCAUCAGUCAACGCUACCCUCGCAUUUGGUGCAGCGAAUACCAACCUAGAGAUAAGCAUUUCGCGAUAGAGCUUGGAUUCCACCCAAGUUGCGUCGACGUACUAAAGCCCAAGACUUUGGUCACCGACUGGCCGUACAAUCUUUCACGAGCUACCGCUGGCCGACAAGAUCAUUAUCUACUUCCUGUAUCAUGGACUCAGCGCCGUACACGGUGGAUCAAGGAUUCAAUUGCUGCCGACCUGACACAAGCUAUUCGUGGUCGCCUGCCACAAGAGAUAUGCCAACAUAUCGCGAGCUUCUGUAUGCGCGAACGCGCAUGUCUCAUCCUCCGAGAUCUCUGGCUGGAUCCAGCUCGUCUCAAAGGUUGGCUCAAAAUUCUGACCAUCGGGAGGAACAAGUCUGUUUGGGCUCAGAAUGUGGAAGUCGAAGGGCUACGCUACGUCAGGUCUCUAUCGACCCGCCGCCUCACAAAACAGGACACCUUGGUCUACAAGGCCAGAUACAGGAAGAGAAGCGCUCACAACAGACCUGAGGCUUGCUUAAACAUCUAUUACUCUGAGGAUCAUGGGGGAAUCCGUGAGGUGAUCAUCACAGAGGACAAUGAGCUGCCCAAUUUGAGCAUGGAACCGGGUCUCUCUUGGAGCAUCUGUCGUCACCAAAAGACGCCACUGCGAGUCAAACAAAAUUACAAGGCAAGUCAACCUAUCUUUUCAUAUGCCUUGCGCUUACAACUUCAUAAGGGCGGCAGGCUACGCUUUCUGAGAUUCGCCCCGACUCUUCAGUUUGACAGGACGUACGGUGAAAGAGCUUGGGGAGAUCUUCCAAAACACUUUGAUUCCUUUCCUCAAAUCCCCUUACCAAUGAGUUUACUCGCCCAUGACCGCCUCUACUAUGAGUCUGUUCGUGCUGUAGACUGGAACGCUCCUGGCAUCUGCGGGUACUCAUUUUACGUGGAUCAGAACCUGGUUCGGGGCAUAGUUACGCACAAACUUGGAGAACCAGAGCCAAAGGUAAGGGAUGAGUACGGCACAACUGACGAAUUAUGGUUUCACAUGCCAAUUGACCCCGAUGAAAGAGUCUCUGAACUCUGGCUUCGCAAGGGAAGGGAUAUACAUGUUGGGAGCGAAGAGAUUGAGACACUAAUAGUUCGAACGAACACGGGGCGUACCUUCACCCCUGGGCUCGAUAUUGCCUGCAGCGUUCCCGUUGAUGGAACUCUCAAUUUCACGUACAAGGCCAUUGCAAUAUUCCCACCAGAGGGGGUUUCUCGCAUGUUCUAUUGCAGAGCGAAUUGGUUGUGGGAAUAUCUUGUGUUCGAGCAGCAACCUGGUCUCGGCACCAAGGAUGACCUUCAAGGUGUGGUUUCGUGGGACAAACAUGAGAUGAAAUAUUCAUUCCCUCUCCCUCAUAACCCGCUUAGCAAACUCGACAGCUUUGCCAAUACAUCAGCGAGUUUGAGCGACGUCAGGACGAUCGCCCCAUGCCGAGGGUGGUCGGCCACAUUCCGUCGUCAAAUCAUCGGGCUGUUAAUGACGUAUGGAGAUGGCCGUCGAAGAUCCAUCGGACAAGUGCGUCUUGAUUGCCUGGAACCCCCCUUUUCAGUCUCCUCAGACUGUUUCUGGCUUGGUUUUGCGAACAACUCCAACGACACUCUCGACUGGCUGCCAUGGUAUCUGAAGGUCACUAGCCUUCAAUUGUCUGAGCCGAUGCCGAGUAAUUCUACUACGUACAUCAAAGUCCCCUUUAGCGGAAGACUUGAGUGGGCAGUUUUGGACUGGGCUAGUUCUGUCCGACAUGUUGAGGAAGGGGAGCCGUGCGAUGAAAUCGGCCAAGUCAUGGCUGGUCGAAAGUCAGUUUUGGAGUACGCAAGCCCGGAGAUCAAAACAUUCGCGGUGCCGAUUCGUGUCAAGGAGAGUGUGCGUUGA